AAAUUGGAUAGAAAAACACUUUUUUUUUCAAAGGAUAUAUUCUUUCCUUUACACACAACAAUUGACAAAAUCAUGAAAAUGUUAUAGUUUAAACGGAAGCAAAAAAGCUAAAAUAAUUUAUAUAGAGUUUAAAGAAUCAUUUAAAAAUACCAAUUGAAAUAUACACGGGGCUUAUCUGACAUAGUUUUGUAAUACAACAAAGGAAACUCUGACAAAAGCACACAUAUUUUCCCAUGAUCUAUUUUAUGAUAGUCUUAAGCGUAAGAUGCUUCGAUUGAAAUUUUAGAAUUUGGAGGAACAAAGGGAAAUAAAUUUGAUCUUAUAACAGUAUUGUUAAACAUAAAAGUAAAACGAUUAAAAUCUUCCUUUAUAUGCGACAGUGUUUUCUCACGACCAAGGAUGCAAACAUAAUCCGAACUUUAGUGUCAAAUUUAUUUCUGUUUUGAUUCAAUUGUGAACCUGAAUGUAUGUUGUGUAUUUAGUAUUUUGUGAUAUUAAUGUGAGAGAUUAUAAAUGUUAUUAAACAUUCUUCUGAAGUGUUUUUAUGAACGUAUUAAAAGGAAGCGGCACAAUUUAUAGUUCAAAACUAAAAAGUGUGUGAUUUCAUAUUCACUUUUGAGGAGAUGUAGUAGUCAAAGUUGUGAGUUCACUUUUCUCCAGAUGGAGAAUGGAAUAAUACCGUUACGACACGGAAGUUUACCUGGUGCUUUGCGAUUGCCUAAAAGAUAUGAAAAAUUCUCCAAAGACGAAAUGUCGCCUGGUUUGUCGUCUGCUUCAAAACGGAAGUCAUCGAUCAUCAUUGAGCACGAGGAGAGAGAAGAUGAACGGAUGAGGGAUAUGAUGCAAGCCAUCAUGUGGGUUAAACAAGAGCUCAUUUUGUUGAGACAACAUGAUAUUUUACUUAAAAGACAAUUCUGUGAUAUUCAAGACACAAUCCAUUCAUUGACCAAGUCCAGGAAAUAUAGAAAAAGUCCCGCGACAGACUCCACUACAAGUCUACAAUCAACUGAAGGCAGUGAAUUUGGACUAGACAAUUAUUCAGUACGAUCAGCAUCAAGUGUCACAGCAUUGGACGGUACCGACACAGAGGAAGAGGAUGACGCUUUUCGUCCACGGACAUGUUCUAUGAAAACAACGCGAGAUCUUGCAGCUCUCGCGAGAAGAAGGGGAAGCAAGGAGUUAAUAUAAAAGUGCAAAAGUUGGCGUUAACUAAAUGUGAAAGUGCUAUUUGUGUGUAUAAUAAAAGGAACGAGUGUUCAAUAUAUAUGUCUGUGUAAUACAGACAGAACCUAGUCAGGGUGAAAUAGAAUUAUCGAAAUCCAAACUGUUAGUAAGCAUUCAUGUAUUUAAGUUAUUAUAAACAAUUACUCAUAAAUUGCUGUAAAUUUACAUAAACACGAAAUAUAUCUUUAUAUACGCUGUCAUAACAGUUAUAUUAUACCUUACAUAAAUGUUUUUCUUCCUCACAAUAAUAAGUGUUAACGGGCCUUUAAAUGACAUAGUGGUUAAAAAGGCAUAUGUAAAUCAUCUGACAUUGUGUUGAAAAUGUAAUAUCAACAUUGGUCAUUGUUUACUAGUCUGUUACUUGACAUAAAUCUUUAGUAAAAAUAGGCAUUUGACUUUCGGAGAGUGCACCACUUAUAUUGCUUCGGGUAUAACGCUAUAUGCAAUUUACAAAUCAUGGAAGACAAAUUGUUUUGUGAUACAAAUUAAAAUAAUUAUGACGUUAUGGUUGAUUAAGAUAAUACAUAAUUUCAUUGAAAUAUGCACAGGCAAAAUAAUGUUUUUACUUACAAAAUACAUCCAUUAUCUAACCUUACGAUUUUCAUAUCCAUUCUUGAAUAAUCUUUUCAGUACAGGUGAUAAGCAUUUAGAUAUUUUUGUACAAAAACGUUUGUAAAUAUGUAAUCUACUAGUAAUAAGUGAUAAAACAAUUUUCCCAUGAUGCAAAAGAUGAUAUUAUGGCAUUCAAAUGCUUUAUUACAUUAUGAACGUUAUUUUGGGAACAAGAUUACGGACUUUGAUCAGAUUUCAGCGCAAGUUAUUAUGAAAUGCAGGAUGCAUUUAAAGCUGCAAGCCUCCAGAUAAGCCGAAAUAUUUCAAGUAAUUUAAUCUUUAGAAAAAUGUAUUAACAAAAGUAAAAAAAUUCAAAUAUCUAAUUAAUUAUUAACAAGUUAUGUGCGAUUGAUGACUGAUUUUGCAGUAUCAAUCACUAUAAUUUUACUGCGUUACUAACGCAGUAAGAGGUAUUAAUGUCUUUUUGGUCAUUUACGUGAAUUGUAAGUGCUGUUUGAAAUGUGUAAAUAACUUUCUUUGUUCACUUUACAAUAUUUAACUUUUAAAUAUAUUUUCAAUUUUUUUAUGAAACCUAGCAUGAAUCUGGAGGCAUGCUGCUUUAAAUAUAUAUAUAAUAUUUUAUUAUAUACCAUAUCCUAAGAUCACACGUAAUAAAUUCACAAGAAAUAUCUUAAUAAAAAGUAGACAAUGCAGAUAAAUGAAAUCGGGUUGUGUCUGUUCAUGAAGGUCAAUGUAAAUGCAACAUUUCCAUCGGCUUAAACCUUUAGUCCUACUAAUAGUAAUACGCGAUGAGACAUUUUGCUAUUUUGUGUAUGGGCAGUUUCCCCCUCUAAAAGGGAGAUUCUGACCUAGAACAAAAAACCCCUCAGAAUCUAGCUUUGGCACGUCUAUAUAUUUUGAUGAAACCCUUACAACGUUAAAUAUUUUUAAUGAAGUUGUCCGUUUUUCAAUCUGGUGAAAGUUAUUCAUCAUUUUAAAAUAAUUUUCAAACAUGUAUUGAUUUGAACAGGGAAUAGUACAGACCAUGAUCAGACAUCAUGUAUGUGCCGGAGAUCUUGGUCUGCACUUGUCGCAUUGGUAAAUGAGUUGAUAACAACGAUGAUAAUAUUUAAAAAAAAUUCCUACAAUACAUAACA